AAGAGAAGCAAGUGUAUGUUGUUACGUGUGAAGAUAACAUUACAAUGGGUCUUAUUCUCGCGAGGAAUCCAAUCUGCUUCUGCUAAAGAUUCAUUCAGCUCCAAGUCCAAUAUGAGCAACAUCGUCUUCGAGACCUGGGUCAGCUUGCUUCUCAAAUAUAGAAACUAUCCAGAACUAAACUUUUUUUUUCUUCCUUCUUAUUCUGAAAAUUGAAGCAGCAAGCUACUUUUAUUAUCACAAUCUUUUACCUGUGCUGUUCUGGCAUUCUGAUUAAAUGGGCCAUUUUUAUUGAUGGGUUUUGUUCUUGAGAAGCUGUUAUGUAAUGGGUAUAGCUUGUUUUAGAAUUUGAUUUAUUGUGGUCAAGUGGGUUUUUUUUCUGGGGUUUUGUUGUGGGAAGGAUCUUUUCUUGAGAAAUGUGGUUUUAGGAGUUCAUACGGUGCUUUGAAUGGAUUUUACGUGUACAUUGUGGAAUAUAAACCGAGGAAGGUAAAGUAAUUAGUGGUGUUUUCAUUUGUAUUUUAUAUGCCGAUUUAUGAUUGCUACAGGGGUUUCCAUCAUUCAGUGUGAAUGUUUGUUAUUGGUAUCAGGAAAUUGAAUGUUGGGAAUGGAUACAAAGACAAAAACUCGUGUUAAUCUAUUGUUAUAGCCUUUUCCUUAUGUGGAGAUACAUAGUUCCCAUUUUAGAAUUCAUUAUUGGAUUUAAGAGUGUUUAGAGACUUGAAUCCUCUGGUUGAAGAAAAAGUUGUGCUUGAAUUGAUAAAAAUUGUUUCUUUGGGGUUUUCUUUGUGGAAAUUGGUAUAGAAAGGAAAAGAAAUGGUGUAGAGUUUAGGUACUAUUUUUUUUUUCUUUGCGAACAGAAAUGGAUUUGUGGGUUGUUGGAGCAGCUGCUGCUGCUGGAUACAUAGCUAAAUAUUGGCAAAACAUAUCAAGGGAUCGGGAUAAUUUAUCAGAGUCUGGACCUUCCAAAUGUAAAAAACAUGAAAUCCCUAGUUGUCCCUUUCCUCCAACGAGUCGGAGAAAGAAACUAACAGAAGAUACUUCUACUGUUGAGAGAUUGUCAGAUAUGUACCAAUCAGAUGGUGCUUCACAAGCAGAAGUUUCUACUAGCGGUUAUGUUGAAAAGCUUGGAAAUUUGGGAAAUUAUGAGCAAAAUGUAUUUUCCCGGUCAAGCUUACCACCUGGAUUCUCAACAUUUGGAGAUCUAAAAGAAAACAAGGGUGGAAAGGUAUUCAGUGGUAACAUGGUUAACAACACUGGUGAAAUGGAGUCUUUUCACGAUUCCACGAAGAAAAUAAGCUCACUUAGAACUAAACAUUCAUAUGGACAUUUUAUUAAACCAUUGAGUUCCCUAGAUAGUUGUCUAAUGGCUCAGUUGUACAAGAAACAUGUGCAAAUGGAGGAGUAUGUGUUUAGUGUCAUUCCCUCACCAUCUACAACAACGAGGCCGCUGCUUGUUACUGAUGGAAACCAAACAAUUAACAGAGCAAAUGACGAUUAUUUCAGUGCCCGGAUUGGUGCUGAGGAUAAUAGGCUGUUUGAGGAAAAUGUGUGUGGAGUUCCUCCACUUCCAAAAAUCAGUGAAGUGAACAUCCCCAGUAAGAUAAAAUCCAGGACACAAAAGAGGAACAAUGAAAGACUCAACAAUUACUGUAAAACGGGCAGUGGAAGGCACUUUCAUUCUCAAAAUGGGUCGCUUGAUCAAAUGGUUUUGUUCUGUCUGGGUGUUUGUGUUGGCAUAGUCUCUUCUCUCCUAGCUAGUAGAAGAGAAGCAGACAAGUUAAGGGACUUGUUGAAGCAGUCAGAGAACUUGGUUCAAGAUCUGCAAGAGGAACUUGAGAUGAAAGAUUCAUUGACAGUGAAAGAGAUAGCUGAAGAGAAAUGUGAAUCACAGGAUACAUGUGAGAACCUGUUUCACUACAGGGCACCAAGUCUACUUCUUCCUAGUAUGGAUGAUUCAACUAAGAAUUUAUCAUGCUGUGGGAAGGCAGAGGAGAGUCCAGAAGAUAUGAGUAAGAUUGAAGCAGAGCUUGAAGCUGAACUUGAGAGGUUGGGGUUAAAUAUGAACACAUCUAGUCUGGAGAGAAGAUUGUCUGAUCUUGUUGAGGUGGAUCCAGACUUUGUAGCAGGUUUUGCUGAAGGUGAACUGAGGACUGACAUGGUCCAUGGGCAAUCUGUUACCGGGCCUCAGUCAGAUCGAGAUGCAAGUGGAACCUUGACAACUCAUAGUGGAAAUUAUGUGGUUUCACCACGAGAGCUGAGUCUGCGACUACAUGAAGUUAUUCAAUACAGACUCGAAGAGCGUGUGAAGAAGCUUGAGAUGGCCCUUCAAAACAGCGAGAGGAAGGUGAAACUUCUGGAAUCUGAUCUUAAGAAUGAUCGGCAGAAGACGCUGGGCAGUAUGCUGAAAUACUACUCAGGUGAAGAAAGUCCAAUUACCGAAGAGGAUUUCAAUUCAAUGGCCCAGCCUUUGGUUAUGAAUUUAUCAGGAGAAGCUCUUGAUGCUUACAAUGAAGCUUAUGAAGAGCUAAUGAAGAUAGAUGAGUCGGAAGAGGAUGAUUCGCCACGUGGGAUUUAUGAAAAUAACCACCAAGGGUGCAUACAUACAUGUAGUGAAAGCAUUUUAUGGAGUAAAAAAGAUACGAGAAAUGGUUCCUCGAUUCAUCAUUCCCACAAUAAAGAGAAACCAUCUAGAGAGUUAUACUUAAAUCAGUUGAAGGCAUCAAUAGGGCAUGUAUCACGAAUUCAGGAAUUGCAUAGUGACGGUGCGAGUGAAGAUGAAAACGGUGACUGUAACGAUGAGAUGGAGAAGCAGUUAAUAAAGCAAAUUGUGGAGAAGACAAGGAAAGGCUCUCCUGCAGUGAUAAAUGCACAGAGGGUGUUCUUUCUGUCGACGGAUGAAAGCGAACAAUAAAAUGAAAUAACACAGUUUUGCAGUAUAUAAAUUUAUAUACAGGAUGAUAUUAUUUUCCAUUUUCAUAUAACCAUAGGAAUGUUCUUUCCCUUUUUUUUUUUUUCUGUAUUCAUCCUGACCCCUACAAGCAUGAAGCAUCCCUUAGACACUCAAUUUUUCUAUUAUUAAUUGCUGAUUCACGUCAAUGGAAGAGCUGGGUCAUGUUCUCGUGCAAACCUGUAAAACGGAAGUGCCUAUAUUUUCUUUCCAA